GUGUGUGGAAUUAUCUGAAUGAAUAGAUCGGCGUGUGCACACCGCCCAACAACACGCAGCACCAGACGGCAAUCGACAUUCAAACACACCGACACACCGACACACCCCGAGCAGAAAACAUGACAAAAAGAACGACAGACAGACAGUAGCAAUCUGUGAGGCUCUUUCGUUAGAUUAUUGCCUGCUUCACGCAGGCGCGCACUCACAGAUGCACGCACAGGACCCAUCCACCCACCCAUCCAUCCAUCCAUCCAUGCAUGCACCUUCAUUGGUAUAGGCGAACUGACAACUGACACCCACACCACACACCACACGCAUCAUGCUGACAUGCUGACAUGCUGACAUGGACGAAUGAAUCACAAACACCACUGUAACUGUGACAGCCACACACCCAGCCGGCCAGCCAGACAGCAACUAAGGCCCAUCGCGCCACACACCAGAGGCCACACGGCAACCCAGCAGCCAUGCCACAGCCAAUCAAAGACGUACCCACCUACCGAUCCCACCCCACCACACAGCACCCACAACCCCCACCCGUCUGAUGUGUGUGUCUCUAUCAGCAUAUGAUUUCCAACGCGCAUCUCUUCUCCUUCGUCUCCCACAGAGCCACCGCAUCCCCACCCCCAGCGUCCUCCAUCUCCCGUUUCCGUGAUUUGCGGAUGGCCACGUCAAAUGUGACCUCAAAUGAGUGCGCCAUGCCCCGACUGAAGCACUUGUACACAAUGUCCUUGUUCUUCUCGCACUUGACGGAGACGGCGGUCCGCAGCUGGUGCAGGAACUUGCCCGCCUGCGGCGCGGCUUCGUCGAGGAAGGCGCACCCCUCGAUCCGCUCGCCGCGAAGCUCCGGGUAGAGGUCGCCGAUGGCGUACCUCCCCUCCGGGCCCUGCACGACGGCGAAGCACUCGGGGAUCUCGUCGAUACCCUCUGUGGGGAGAGGGGUGGUGCUUGUGGGGAGAGGGGUGGUGCUUGUGGGGAGAGGGGUGGUGCUCGUGUCCGUGUCGCCAUCAUCGCCAGGGGGCUCGCCUUCAGUCGGCGUCGGUGUGGUGCUGCUCCGAUCUUCGUCUCCAUCCCCGGGAUCCUCUGGUGCUUCUGGUGGCGUUUCUGGUGGCCCUUCUGAUGGUGCUUCUGGUGGUAUUUCGAUGGGCUCUUGGGAGACCAGCAGCUCAAAUGCCAGCAGCGCAUUGAUGAGGCCAUGGCCGGUCUGGAUGCUGUAGCCACUUGUGGGAGGAAUGGACCCCUGCCGGCUGAACCAGGCUGUUGCAUUUCAGCAUACACACAGAUGACACACACAUAGUAUCCAUCCAUGCACUCUGUGUGGGCGUCGCUGGCUCCCUUACUUGGCAUGCGUCGUGCGGUGUCGAAUAGAGCCUGCAGGAUGUCGCCGUUGGACCUGUCGGUGAACACCUCCUUCAAGAGGUGAGCUAUCGCCGCCGCAUUGGGGGCCGCCGCUGACGUGCCUGGGGAAGGAGGAUACCACCAACACCGAGGCACAUCCAUCCACAUACACACAUCAAGUCAAGUGUGACUGACUGACCGAAGAAGUUCGGGAAUCCGUCUCCUUCCGCGUCAUCGCGGCAGCUUCCUUCUUCUGGACAUCGAAGCGGGAAGGCCAACGUGUUGCAACCUGAGUCAACCAGACACACACAUGGAACAAGCCCAUCCACGUCUUCCCGCCCCCAUCCACCCAUCAUCUGUACACACACGCAACAUACCAUCCGCUGCAGUCACGCGCCGGCCCGAUCGGGUGUCGGGCGAGGGCAGCCGGACCCCUUCCGGAUUGAAGAGGAUGGCCAGCCCUUCGCCGCCAACAUAGGCCUGGGGAAGGGCCGGGAUGCUGCCGAAACGCGGCGUCUCACGGUAGUCGGCGGCAGCGACCGGUACGGCAUUCGGUGCCAGGGCGUGGCCCCACGACGUCGGCCCGCCGAAGGUCUCGUCCACAAGACCGCCCGUAUAGUCCUGACAGUCGCAGGAAGCAACGCAUACGGCCAUCCAUCCAUCCAGCCAUGCACUCGCUCACCGACAGUGCCCAUCCUCGUGUAAUAAUGUUGAACCGCCCGCCGUUAAACUCAUCGCCCGUGGGGAACCGCGCCACCAUGACGAACACCUCAACCAUCUCAUCCUUGUCGUUGGUCCACACUGCCGCCUCCGCAGGGUCGCCAGCGAUGUUGCUCGUGUCACUGAAGACGAGAGGCUUCCCCUCAUCGAUGCCGUCUCGGUCAAAUAUAAGGACGGCAAAGUCGCUUGUGGCACCGGGGGACUCGGCACUUGCCGACGCGUACGUCUGCGCCCAGUGAAGGACGACACGCAGCGAACGCGAAGGGGGCAGAGCGAUCCUGAAGAAGGGGCAGGCAGUCUCGCCGUCCUCCUGCCCGGGACAGUCGGUGUCUUGGAGGGGCUCAUCACUGCCCUCGUUCCAAUCAUGGGCGCCCUCGUAUUGGAUGUCGAAGUUGGCCAGCAGGAAGUUGUUGAUGUUCGUGGGCACGUCGGUCCUGCUGUAGCUGCCCUCUAGACCGGAAUUCCCGCUGUUGCCCGCCUGCGUGUGUGGGUGAGGUGGAGUGAGGGAGUGAUGUUUGUGAUGUGUGUAAGAGGGUAGGUGUGGGUGGGUGCGUACCGAUACGAAAUAGAGCGCCCCGUCUUCGGUGACUUCCUCGAUUGCCUGGGCGAUGAUGCCGUCCUGAUACCAUGGCCUGACACACACCACACACACACGCAGAUAUUGUGGUCAUUAUUGGACCCACACCUGCCGUCGGCACUUACUCAAAGAAGUAUUUGACGUCAUCGACCAGUGUGUUGCAGCCAGCUUCGCGCCGCAGCCGGAGGAUGCCGUUCGCGAAGUCGGCCUGGCCUGCACCACCCAGAACCACCUCCAACAUACACACAGAGGCAUGUCUGUGCCGUCCGUCUUUCUCUCUUCCCUCUGUCUGUCCCUUCCACUGACCCAAGACAGCGGUGUGGAAGGCGUACAAGGGCAUCUCGGGCAGCAAGUCGGCAAUCAGCUCUAUCAUGCCGGACCCCUCGUCGUUGAGGGUGGACGCGUCCCGCGACCCAAACGGCUCGCCGUCACGCAAAUUGAUCACACCCUGUACCAGCAUCUCGCCUUCGAAGGCGUCGUCGGGAAUCUCACCGGCCUCCCGCACGCCCUUACCCUCGACAAAGUCAAAUCUGAUGGAUCCACGCCCACCACACCACAGGGACACACAGAGACAGGAUGGAUGGGUGGGUGCAGUGUGGGUGUGCUUACGAGUCCGCGAGUACGCCGACGCAGCUGAAUCCCGACUGGUCGAUGUCAAAGGAUUCGAGCAGCUGGUCCAUGUUGUGGACGAAGAUGGCCUGGCUGGUCGCCGCGCCCCUCCCCACAUUCUCAAGCUGCAUCGGUGACGCGCCAGUCUUUCCGUGCUUGUACGUCUCAUAUUCGGACGCCAUUGGGCGCAUCUGCUCCCUCUCCUUCUGCGUCGCGCUGAUGAGCUUGAUGCCCUCGAUCAGCCUGGCAUCCUCGAUGCCCUCGUAAGGCAGGAACCCCCCUAUCAUGUGCCGAUACGACGUCAGCCGCACCAUCCCCAGUCCGCGGAGCCGCCGCAUGAUGCCGAACAUGUCGGCGUCCCUGGCAGUGCUGAUGUCCACAUAGAUGGAGUUCUCGGUCAGCAGGCUGCCUACGACGCUGUUGAUGAAGCCGAUGACUGCUGUCCGGUUUCCACCCCUCUCCAGCGGCUGUUGGCCUGGCGGCCUGACCGGGACUGAGUAGAUGGGUGGGACGGCUUUGGGCGAGCGGGGCGCCCUCUGGCCAUCGAACAGCCGCUGGACGUCACACAGGAGGGCGUCAAGCUUCGGAGGGCACCUAAAUGACCGCUCUGCAGAAGAGGGAAAGGAAGCGUCAGUCCUGCGAUUGUUGUGGCCUUGUGGCCUUGUUUUUCUCACCUGCUUUGGGCGCCAGGUCCACCUGUGCGUGCACAAUCAGCACAUGGAGGGCGACCAGCGACAGAAGGGCCCUCGGCGAGAGGGCCAACAUCGCUCGCUGAUUCACCGCCGCAGAUGACGCCCCGGC